AUGGGGCAGCUGUUCACUGUGCAUUUCACUGCUGACAAGAAGGCUGCUGCCAAUAGCCUGUGAAGCAAGGUUAGUGAGAAGGCUGGAGGUGAGACUCUGGGCAGUCUCCUGGUUGUCUACCCAUGGACCCAGAGGCACUUUGGAAGUUUUGGCUAUCUGGGCUCUGACUGUGCAAUAAUGGGCAACCCUAAAGUCAAGGCACAUGGCAAGAAGGUGCUGAUCUUCGGAAAAGCUGUUAUGCUCAUGGAUGACCUCAAAGGCACCUUUGCUACACUGAGUGACCUGCACUGUAACAAGCUGCACGUGGACCCUGAGAACUUCCUGCUCUUAGGCAACGUGAUAUUGAUUGUUUUGGCAACCCACUUCAGCGAGGAGUUUACCCUACAGAUACAGGCUUCUUGGCAGGAACUAACAAAUGCUGUGGUUAAUGCUGUAGCCCACAAGGACCACUGA